GAAUUUAUUAUUUAAGCUUUCCUUCCAUAUUUUGAAUUUUUCAUUUCCCAAACUUUACUUGUCAACUGUUUCAAAGUUAGUUUUGAAGUUAAUGCAUUGCGGAAAAUGCGUAAUUCUCGAUAUAAAUAAUUAAUUAGUAAGUCGACAGGAUAACUUCGCAAAAACACCUUGCAUGCGAACUACUUUUGAACUGUCAUCGUUCAGACAAAAUUUUAGAAGUGCAAACCUCUGGACUCUUCGCGUCUGUUUGACCGAUUCGCCGUUCUUGGAGUAUUUCCACCUUUUAUACACGUUUUCAUCCGAGGUGUUGCCAAGAUGGGGCUGUCAAAGCAGUUUUUUGGAAAGGAUUUUCUGCCGUUUAUCGUAUUUGCUGUUUGCUGUUUGGGUCAAAGUCCCACAGUGUCAUCCUCACUGAGCGCCUCCCCUAACUCAACUCUGAACUCAACCGAGGUACAACCGACGCCUACCACCACCGCUUCUCACACCGCCUCGUUAGAAGCGAGCAUCAAUCAAUCCGCCUCCAUCUCCGCACAAGGAGUAAACGGUGCUUCCAUCAAUGCUACUGCCACUAGUGGCCUGGUACCCAGCUCCUCUGUAUCUGGUCAGGGUCAGGGUCACGGAUCCGGUACAACUACCUCAGCGCCGACAACUUCAGCUUUGAGUUCAGAGGAACAAGCCUUCAAUAACAAUGUGGAUCAGGCGUACUCGAAAGUAAAGAUGAACCUGACGACUAAACUGGAUCCAAUGGAAACAAUAGAACGAGACAAGACUUUCCUGUACAAAUUGAACGAGUUCAUGGAAUCGGCCCCCUCCCUGGAGCGGGAACUCAUCGCCUUGAACAAGUCUUUGGAACUCGUGAAAGUUGACCAAUUUUCAGCUGUCCAAGUGAAAAGCAUCCCGGAUUGUCUUACUCCCUCUAAUAAUAUUUUUCCCAAAAAGUCGGUCGCCGAAAACAUUGACAAUAGCUUCGGCACAACGUCCAUUCAGCAGACAUUUACUUGUCCAGUUAUCAUCAAGAACGACACGAGCCCGAGUGUUUCCCGAAGUCGCCGCCGGAGAGACGUCGAGAUCUCGAUUGAGCUCGAGAUGAACCACGACGAUGAUGAGAUGUCCGAUUACUAUAGGAACGUGAAUCGCUAUCUUCGUAGUAGACGUGAGGUGCAAGCGUCGCUUAGCAACACCACGUGCAAGCCACUCCCUUGUAACGUGACACGUAUCCAGAUAAAGAUGAAGUUUCCCGCUAUGAACUGGUCAAAGACACUUGAGGACGAGAACUCGGCAGACUACACGAUGCUCAACGACAAACUGAAAUUUGCGCUUCAUGCAGCGUCCGAUGAACGAUUCAACGGGACCCUGAACUACACAUACCACAAAGCUAUUUUCAGCUCUGGCAGUGUCGUGGCCUUGAUUUACGUGGAUGUCCCGUCGCCGUUCAAGGAUCAGUACAUCGCACUGUUUGACACGAUUGUGAAGAACCAGACAUUUGCAGGCGAGAAUACUAUGCCUUCCUUUGUCACCAUCGGUGAUGUCGUUGUAGUGGACGGUGACUGGACCGUGUGGGGUCCCUGGCAGGAUAACUGUGAUUCGAACUACGAGCAGACACGACAACGAUCCUGUACCAGCCCUUCACCAGCCCAUGCAGGCAAGAAGUGCUCGGGAGACGCUGUAGAGAAACGCAAAUGUUCAUGCAAUGCGAUAUUGGAAUCCGGAGGCAACAUUACUUCGCCCUUCUACCCUAGCAAUUACCCCACCAAUGUGUUGUGCAAGUGGACUUUGGUCGUCCCUAUCAACUACACCGUCGAGCUCAACAUCGCAGACUUCCAACUGGAAAAGGACAAGAAAUGCUUUUACGAUUACAUCCGAGUCCUCGACGGAAACACCACGGACGCUGCCGAACUGUUGCCGAGGACGUGCGGAACGCUGGGUAGUCGGAAGAUCGUGUCAACGGGAAGGAUCCUGAUGCUCGAGUUUCACUCGGAUCGCGACGUGAUAGCGAAGGGUUUCCGAGCAGAGUGGAAGAAAGUCGUGAUGAAAGUCCCUGUGAAAAAAACGAUCGAGUACGUGCCCCAGAACGUCUCUUUCACCAACCUGAUAACGUGCCCCUCGUUCAACGGCACCGCUGUCCCCAUCGGAAGGGGAACCACCUGCCCGUCAUACAGCCCCGAGAUUGGCUGCAUUUUCGACAAGCCCGUGUUUCUCAUCUCUUGCUUCAUUGGUGUGCACAUGAGCCGUAAUGAUCUACCGCUUACCGGCGACAAUACAGUGAAAAUCACAUUGCAGCACCUGAUGCACAAGGGUCUCUUUCCCAAGUACUACAUCGGUGAUAAGUACUGUGUCACCUGGAACAAGACUGCCAGCAAAUCUGAUGGCUUUUCGAUGACUCUGGAUGGCGGAUGGACAAGGCGCGGCUGCUCAGUCUCGUCCACCAACCUGACUCACACAGAGUGUGAGUGUGAUCACGUGGGCAUGUUCGCUGUCGUCUCCUCGGAAAAGACCAUCUACAGUAAGCUGGAGUUCCUAGCGAACACAUACAUCGCAGUGGCUGUUUCUCUCUUCAUUCUGCUCGCAGCGAUUGCUCACAUGAUAUGGAAAAUAAAUAUCCAUGGUGGCGAGGUGAUGCGCAUUAGCAUGUGUGCGUCCAUCAUCUACAUGGAAAUCAUCUUCGUGGUCGGUGCUAACGUUAAGGCUGAGCAGACUCUGUGCGGCUUUCUGUCGUUCAGUAUCUACUUCUCGGUGCUUGCGCAAUUCUGCUGGCUCCUGCUUCACGCCCUGCGUCUUCAUGGAAAGAUCAAGGAGAUAUUCGCCUCUGGACUCAACAUCGACGCAGUCUACGUAACUGUCGGAUGGGGUCUUCCUCUGCUUCUCUCCUUGAUUGCAAUCGGUAUCCAGAUUGAUCUUAAAAAUCCAGAGGAUGUAUGCUGGACUGCUGCCGCAGGGGGAGGCAUGUGGGGAUACAGUGCUCCAUUACUUAUCAUAGUCCUGGUAAAUGUCGCAGUGCUUGUCACAUUACUGAUCCCAACCAAGGAAAGGCUGGAGAAAUAUGAUUACCGCGAAAUGAGAUACCGUGUUCUCAAGGAUGCUGUCUUCCUGGUGUUUUUCGGCACCACCUGUCUGUUCGCAUACCAGGCAGUAGCCCAGGAAUCAUUUCAGGCCCAGUACUAUCUCACCAUAUCUGUGGUACUCCAGGCCGUCGUAAUGUUUAUCUUUGGCAGAGAGGGCCGAAAGGACUUUAAAAAGACCAAAGAAAAGAAGGGUGAAUGCGAGCAUGACUCGCAGCACACGAAUGAGGAGGAUUUGCCGGAGAAAGGCGAGGAGCAGAGUAUUCACCAUCUGGAUCAAGAGGGAGAUGAAGAGAAACCGAACGAUCAAGAUGAAGAGGAGGGGAACACUAAAGGGAAAAAGCGUAAAGGGAAACAUCAGCAAGAAAAGAUUAAGGUGUCUACCUUAAAAAAUCUCAAUAUUUACAAGGAGGACGGACACUAUGUCAUAGAGGCAUGAUACUUAUCUUGCAUGAGGUGAACUGUUUAAAGUUGAAGCUAGCAUCUAGUGUGUACUAUUAUAGCCAAUGUUUCUUAAGAUAUAUAGAUUUUUGUAGUAUGUACUUUGAUACACGAAUACUCGAUACUACAAUAUAGGAAAAAGCACAAUGUCACGCCAGCCCCAUUGCUGGAAAAACAGGAACACUUUUUACAUACUGGUUUUAUCAAGUUUCCCCUUUGUCGCGCAAACGUCAAAUAUCUUGCAAGUUUAAGCUUGACUUUUAUCUGGAACAUAGCCAGGAUUUGCUGGGGAAACGCAGAUUUCUUAAGACAUAAGAAAAAAUCCAGCUUAAGACGACGCCCCCUGCGCCCACCCUUAGAUGUGCGCCAGUCAUCGCCUGAUGACUGCCGUGGCUAUGAGAGUGGAGGGGGGGGGGAGAUGCGUGAAUCCCCUCGGCCGCCAAAUGCGGGACAGGGGGGGAUGCGGCAUAUUCUCAGAUUGGGAAAAGUCGCCAAUUCUUGGAUAUUUUGCGUAUGACUUCUUCCCACCUCCCCCCCCCCCCUCCUAGCAGAUUUUGGCUACGUGUUUCUUGCGUUGUGCAUGUGAUUUCUUACUUUAUCAAAUAUUUACGGUAGCUGCGUUAGCCUUUAGAUUGUAAUAAUAACAGGCCUUUCACGGUUAUGAGGUAAAAUAAAGAUUUCACCAUUUGAAA